UUCUUAUUUAUAACAAAUUUAAUGUUAGUGUUUUCUUAGUUGUUUUAAACUUAUAAGUGAUUCUCUUCCUAACUGAAAAGAGAAGUCUCUAGUUAUAUAAUAAGAUUUGAUUUUUUAGGGUUGAAGAAGAAACAAAAAAAAUAUACGAGAACAUGGCUAAGCAAGAGGAUGAGGAGAAAGCGUUGGUGAUAUGGAGCAUCAUCAACUGUCCGAUACCCGAUGGUCAUGAUCCUUGUCUUGUGGUUCCGAGAAUACAACGGCGCUGGAAAAGUCAAGACGCGACCGCCCCUAUGGUCCUCUCUCCAUCAUUGCCAUCAGCAACAACCUAACAGAGAUCCCUGGUGAAGACGUCAUGAGGAAGCUUUCUUCCGCUGGAAUCUCUCUUAAACAUGCUCACACAGGAGUUCAAACGGAUAUGUAUCAGUGGGCCCGUAGGAAUCCUCCUCUUGCUACUAUAAUGGUCAUAUCCGGUCAUGGUGAACUGGAAAGUUUAGCUUCUACAUUUUCUGGUCUUAAAAAUAAAGGAUACAGAAUUCUUCUCACAUAUCAUCAGCGAGACCCAGUUUUAGCCUCUCUGCCUAAACACUGUUUCUGGGAAACUUUACUGUCAGAUGCCGAUAAUAAUCUGGAGACAACAACAAGACUUGUUUUUCCUUACAGGUUGGACCAUGGAACGGGUGAAUUUCCCUGGUCUUGCUCAGUAUGCCAUUAUGAUGCCCCAAGCUUUGAAGAUUUCACCAAGCAUCUCAAGUGUGAAACACAUGCAUAUUUUGAGUGGGACAGGUAUGCUAGUAAGAACAACGUGGAUCGUACUAACCCUGCUAACUUGCAGCUUGGUCGCUCACCGGAGUGGGACUUGCUGGCUAAAGAAAGUAUGUUGUAUCGUUCUGCAAUUCUAAAGCUGCGCGGCCCUUUUGCUCCUCCAAAGAGGAAAUCAAAGAUGUGGGUUGAUGCUACAACAUUUAAGUAACCAUUCAAAUUCUGAAGAAGAAGAAGAAGCUGGAGAAUAGGAGAAGAGGG